GCGCCCGCCCCCGGGGAUCGGGCGGGCACCGCGGACCCCGCGCGGGGCUCCUCCUCGGAGCGCGCCGGGGUCGGUUGGAGUCCGGCAUGGCCCCGAGCCGAGCGGCGCUACUGCUGCCGCCUCUGAUGCUCCUGCUGCUGGCGACCCCUGCCCAGGUCUCCCCCGACUACCAUUACUUUGGCGAGCAGGGCGAAGGCGACACCUGGGAGCAGCUGCGGCUGCAGCAUCAGGAGAAAGAGGUGGAGAACUCGAUCUUUGGCCCGUGGGGAAAGUGGCGCUGUUUGUGCGACGUGGGCAAGCAGGAGCGCAGCCGCGAGGUGGUGGGCGCAGCCCUGGGCCCGGUGUUCAUGGACCGCGAGAACCUGGUGCAGGUGCGGCCCUGCAGGCAACGGGAUUGUUCAUCCUGCAAGCCGAUGGACUGCGACUGGAGGCCCUGAGCCUGGCCCGGGCGAGCGAGGCUGCAGAGACCCCGCGGCGGAGCUCAGAAAGCGACCCCACCCAUCCGGUUCCCCAAACGUGGAGCUCGGC